GAUGGCAUUCAGACGAAAAAAACCUUAAAAUUUUAAUAGUUUUUUCGUCUGAAUGCCAUCCAGUAAACCCCAUCGGCUCUCAGCAUGACCAAGAUCAUCAAUGGCCUGUCAGACGUGCUGGACGAGUACGAUGUCGUGCUCAUCGAUCAAUACGGUGUACUGCACAAUGGCACAAUCCCAUACAUUGGUGCUGUCGACUGCUUCAACCGCAUGAUCCAAGCCGGCAAGCAAGUGAUACUACUCUCCAACACGUCACACCGCUCCUGCAGCCUCCCCAUCAAACUGGGGCCCAUGGGUUUCUCCACAAGCUUUCAAGGUGUUACUGGAGGAGAGGUGUGCCACACCUACCUACUUGAGCGACCCGACACCCAUGCACGCUGCUCACUCAUGACCUCUGACUUGGACGGAAAGGUGACCAAGCGUGCCUCGAAUCCCGAGUCCACUUUCCAUGGCCUUGAUGUGGAGAUUGUGCCGCUGGACAAGGCUCAGUUUCUCAUGGUGGACGGCACACAACAGAUCUGUUACAGUGACCGUGUGACCGAAGUUUUGCCCACCGACUACCGCCACACAGGCGAAGUCAACGACGCUAUGAAGGAGUUUCUGCGCGGCGGCCUGGAACGGAAGCUGCCGCUGCUGUGUCCGAACCCGGAUGUGCUAGCUGUUAUGGCUAACGAUCGUUUCGUGCACAUGGGAGGCGGCAUUGCCAAGCUGUACGAGGAAAUGGGAGGUGAGGUCAUCUACUUUGGGAAGCCGAUGAAGGAGCACUUCGAAGUGUGUUUGCGAAUGGCCCAUGUGACGGACAAGUCGAAGGUCGUUCAUAUUGGCGACUCACUCCACCACGACAUUCAGGGUGCGAAGAACACUGGUGUGGACAGCAUCUUCAUUGCUGGCGGUGUCCAUGCCAGAGAACUGAGUGUAAACGCUUGGGGUACGGAUGAAAAACAGCUACGUGUGAAGCCGGAUCUGCUGGAAAAUCUGCUGGAAAGGACCCAACUCGAUCCGACUUACACCAUGACGCGCUACACGUGGUGAACUUGCCGCACUUCAAAGCUAUAGCUCGCCACUGUAUUGGUGUAGUGACGCCGCACAACACCCGCACUAAUUUGAUAGAAGCAAUGAAUGCACCGACCAAUAUUAACACCUACACGUCGCCUCUCUAAGUGGAGCACACGAUGCUCCACUACUGCCGUGUUCUCUCCGACAGAAUUUGAACAAGUGAAAUCCUAUUAAAAAGAGGAUAACCGACAGGCAGGUAUCUGGAAUCGGUUCAACCGAUUUCGUGGAAUAUAUUAUGGCUGUUUGUACAGAG